AUGGUGAAGCUUUGCGAAGUGCUCGACCUGCUCUCGAUUGUCAACGCUGGAGUGGUCGCGCCUACUCGGCUGAUGAAUGCACUCGUAGCCCACUACACAGCCCAGCAGGCCCACUGGGCCCCAGCGCUCUGGAAGCCGAACAACCAUUUUAACAUGCACCUGCCGUCGCAGUUGCAUCGGCACGGCCUUUUACUUUCGACGUUCCUCAUGGAGCGCAAGCACCGCGCGCCCAAACGGUUCGCAAACGAGCGCCAGAACACGAAAUCGUUCGAGCGCAGCUUGAUCGAAGAUAUCACGUGCCAGCAUCUUUUCGAGCUCAAGUAUGAGCUCGAGGGUUUAGACCUUCUCGAGCCCAGGCUUGUGCCCGCGGUGGCCGCUAACCGCGCCAGUGCGCCUGGUGAACUAGGGCCGUCGGCGGGCGGCGCGGCGCCGAUCUCCAGUUCGAUAUCCGCAUUCUUUGCCACUGCCGCCGCCGCCAUCGUUGCUGCCGUCGCCUGCGUGGAGCUGGAGCCUGAGGCAGUGGAUUGGGCCGGGGCGGAGCCGCCGGUGCCGGCGGAGGCGCCCACAGCGGCGGCCGGACCGUCAAAACACGAGCUGCGAGGGGCCAGCGCCGGCGGAGGCGUCGGCGAGGACGAGGCGGCGCCAGCGGAGUUCACGUUCAAUGAGAGCGCAGUCAACAAGGACCCGCUGGCGGAGGAGAACGCCGCGCUCAAGCGGCAGCUGAGCACGCUGAGGCAUCUACUGCUGCACGACGCCGACGCCGCGGAUGCCGCCGACGCGGGCCAGCGGCGGCGGCGGCGUGCCACUACGCCUGCGACCCCGCUGCCGACCUCAGGAACAGCGUGCUGGAGAUGGGCGGCUCGGGCGGCGAGUUCGAGCUGCGGAUGCUCCCGCGGCUGCAGGCCGCCCAGCACCAGGAGGCCGAGCGCUCGAGCAGGCCGAGCUCCACCGCGGUCGUGGACCGACUGCUCCCCCGGUCGGCCCUCGAGGUCGGCCCGGCAGAGCGGAACACCCGCGUUGGAUUGCUUUGGGGAGCAGGAUCGGAUGGUUUCAACGUGCUCGGGCUGGUGGUUGGUGGCUACGAGGACUUGCCUGAUUGCCCUCGUCUCCCCAGGACGCCCCACCGCCUCCGAGUACGAGGAGUUGUUCCAGCACUACUGCCCGGCCGCCGAGGCGGCGCCCGCCAGCGCCACGGGCUCCCGCAGUCCGGCCGCCGGAAGCAGCAGCGCCGCGUGCCGCAGCGGAGCGCAGACGCCCGGCGAGGCCGCCGGCCCUAGCGGUGCGGGCGCCGCCGGCGCGCCGGCAGCGUGCUUGUGGCCCCCGCCCGAGCGAACGAAGAUCCUGCUUCCAGCGCGAAGCGACGAUGAGCAGAGCCUUCACCCGAAGCGGGGCGACGCCACAUGCGGACUACAUGGGGGAUCGUGCAGCGUAAUGUAGCCAGCAACACCACCUGGUGGCUAGUGCGCUGUGCUGGACUCGGGCUUCAAGCGGAUGUGAAGCGCACGGUGAGGUGUCACCAUCAAGCAAAUUGUUUGAUGCAUUGUUAAAUCAAGUUGCGUUUCUUAUUGACAAGAGACGCCAUGCACGAAUCGAAUCCAGAUUACGUGGAUUCCCCCGUCCAGCUAAUGGAGCCUUGCACGGCCAUGCGAUCUCCAAGAGGCUCACACAGGGCCCUUGUCAUUGGCCGUAGGUGUACAAAAUCCCUGAGGCCACGGACGCCCUGCUCUGCGCACCUCCGCCGAGCGGCUCGGCAGCCAGAAAAGCUAGUUUGCAUGGUGGCCAGGAGUUACCGUGCAUGUGGGCCCCAGUGACUCGCGUCGCAAACCAUGCAUGUGAGACUCAUGUUGGACGUGGUGCACAGCAUGCCGAGGCUGCAGCUCGCAUCUCAGGUGGCAUAUCGUCCCAUUCAGUACCGCUCCCUCUGGCGAUAGCGCCCUCUCUAUGCACUAUUGUGGUUUCAAUUCGAUAUGGCGCAUUUUUUGUCACUGGGGCCGCGACCUUUUCAACGGUGCAGUUUCUAUUCGCUUCUGUGUGCUUGUGUGUUUAACUCUCGCGCGCACUUGGUUCUUUAUGGACCGAUGGACAUCAGAUCGGCGCCGGCCCUGAAUUCAAAAGCGCGUGGGCACAGCAGGCAAGUGGGGCGAAGGACGGAUAGAGCUUUGACAAGUCU